CAGUCUCGCGCGUCAUACCCAGCGUGCGGGCGCUAUGAGCUCGGCUGCUGUGGUGACCGUGCCUGUGGUGCUGUUGCUCGCAUCAUGCAGCAGUUUCGUAUAUCUCCGACUGGCUCGGCAUCGGCCAGAACGCCCGAGAAGCGAGCGACUUGACGAAGACGAAGCCGUCAAUACGCCUCAGUUUUGGGCGAGGACCAGGCUGUACAGGAGUAUUUUGAUCUUAGUGCUCUCGCUUGCUGCCAGCCUGAGAGCCUUCGAGCUUGGCUACCACAUCGCCCUCGCUCGAGCCGGCAGCGAUCGUGCUCUACUGAUCACUUUGGACGCACUCGCCUUUGCUCUCGAGAUCGUCAUCGCCGCCCUCACCACAUUCAGCUUGCGCACGAGACAAUUGCAAGAGCACUGGAGGGCUACUCUACAUGUCUUCGUGCUUCUCAGUCUGACCACUGUGUCCAUCUGGGCGAGCAUACUGACACCAACGGAGUCGCUCGUCGUACGGAGCAAAGUCGAACUUGGUCUACUCUGGACAGAGACCGCCCUCAUCACAGUGGCUGCAUGGCUGGCAGGUUCUAUCGACAAAGCGCCGCUGUACCGUACAGAGAGCUCGCAGGAUGGCAGGCCAAAGGACGUCGUGCCCUUGACCGCCGCCGGCCCUUUGGCUUUCAUCUCGUUCUCGUGGGUCAAUCCACUGCUCAAGGUCGCCAAGAGAAAGCCACAGAUCGAUGCAGAGGACGUGCCCUACCUGACACCGUCUAUGAGGGCGAGGAACCUCUUCCUGGGCAUGCGUGCAUCUGCUCGGCUGUCAAUUGGGGGCGAUACACGUAGCAAAGCGGGAAGAACAGAGGCUGCAUUGCAGCGAGAGCUGGGUCAAUGUCCUUUAUAUUGGAAUCGCCUCAUGUGGCGCUUGCUCGUCGUCAACAAGGAGCUUUUCUUCGCGCAAGCGAUUUUGGCUGGCAUCACCGCGCUAUGCUACUAUCUGCCUGCCUUUUUCUUGCAAAAGGUCGUUCAUUUUCUCGAGGAUCCGGCAGAUGGAUCUUCUGGCGCGGACACUCGCAGGGAACAGAAACGUUACGGCUAUGCCUACUGUCUCGGAUUAUUUUUAUCCCUCACAGUACUCGCCUGCCUCAAUGGCGCCCUCUGGUAUCUCUGCAACGCAGUCAUCUGCUCGCGGUUCAGAUUGCAGCUCAACACAAUCGUGUUCGAAAAGACGCUUCGGCGUAAGGAUAUUUCCUCUGGCACAGCAUCAGAUGACACCCGUGCCCGCAAUGGCGAUCGAGUCGUAUCUGAGAAUGGUGCCAAAGAUGCUAUCACGUCUAAAAAGUCUGGCAAAGAGCAGGAUCUGCAGAAAAAGUCUGACAAGGACGACGAUGCUGCAGUCGUAGGCAUCGAGGCCUUUAAAUCAAAAGCAAGCGUCAUGAACCUCUUUUCCGUCGACGUCGAUCGAAUAUCAGACUUUGGCGUUUGGUCAUUCUCACUGGUCGAUGCGCCUCUAGAGCUGCUCAUUGGCACUGUCUUUCUAUACCGAUUGCUGGGUGUCUCUGCCAUUUUGGGCAUACUCGUCAACGUUCUCUUCCUGCCACUCAACCAUUGGGCGGCUAAGCGAUUCGCCGUUGUUCAGAACAAGCUCAUGUCAGCUAGAGACAAGCGCGUAUCGCUGAUGAGCGAAGUCCUCAAAAGUAUACGCAUGCUCAAGUAUAACGGAUGGGAGAGCGCAAUCGAGGAGCGCAUCAUGGCUACACGGCGCGAAGAGCUCAAGUAUCAAAAGUAUGACUACUAUCUCGAGGCCACUUUCGACUUUAUCUGGUCGGUCACACCGAUGCUUGGCGUGCUCAUUUCUUUCUACUUCCAUACCAAAGUUUUCGGCAAGACCUUGACACCAAGUACUGCUUUCGCUUUUCUGGCAGUCUCGACAGAGCUAGAAUAUGCACUCAACUGCUUGCCAGACACCCUCGUCUCACUGCUAUCGACCCUGGUCAGCUUGCGACGUAUUGAAGCCUAUCUGAGUUCGCCGGACAUCUCAGAGGACGCUGCGGUUGAGGUCGAUCUGAUAAAGGCGCGGCCACCCACAUUCUCCUCACCGACCGAAGCAAAGAUCGAGUUCCGUAGCGCUACCAUUGCAUGGCCCGCAAUACCCGCUAAGGAAGAAGAUGAUGGCGAGCUAGAAACAGAAACGCCAGGCGGUCGACGGCGCUUCAUGCUGACGGAUCUUGACCUCGUCUUCGACGUUGGUUCACUGUCGGUCGUCUGCGGUCCUCUAGGCUCAGGAAAGACGCUGCUGCUACAUGCUUUGCUGGGUGAGGCAGAUGUUCUUGCUGGGCAGAUCCUCGCGCCCAAGUCCCCUACCAAUGGAUUGCCACUGCCAGGACAGUAUCGUCCGAUUGGGGACGAUGAUUGGCUCCAAGAGUCGCUCGCAUACGUGCCACAAACGCCCUGGCUGUCAAACGCGAGCAUUCGUGACAACAUUCUGUUUGCAUUGCCAAUGAACCAGGAUCGCUACGAAGAGGUGCUGCGUGUUUGCAGCCUGGAGGCAGACCUCGGCAUCAUGGAAGACGGUGAUCUCACUGAAGUAGGCGAGCGUGGCGUCACACUCUCCGGUGGACAGAAGGCACGGGUCUCCCUUGCGCGUGCAGUAUACAGUCGAGCUCGGCAUGUCUAUCUAGAUGAUGUUUUGAGCGCAGUGGAUUCGCACACGGCGCAGACCAUUGUUAAGGAGUGUCUGCGAGGCAGACUCAUGCGAAGCCGGACUAUCGUGCUCGUCACACACCAUGUCGCUCUGGUUGGCCCCGUCUCUGAUCAGAUUUUUGCGCUGGAACAUGGAUCACUGGCAUGGUCCGGCACACCGGACGCGUUCUUUGAGUCAGACGCAGCCAAAACGCUUGCUGAGGACGCAAAGUCUCGUCCAAAGGCGCAGACUCGGCGGUCGUCAAUCCUCAUCGUCAACAAGCAAGCUGACGAUGACGACUCCGAUAGCGGUUCUGACAGUAGUAGUGAGAGCGAGAGCGAAGACGAGAAAGGCCUACUUUCUGCGCCGCGGAAGCUCAUCGAAGACGAAGCUCGUGCCGUAGGAGCCGUCUCGCGGGAUGUGUGGAAGAUGCACAUCAGCGCGCAGGGCAGCGCAAUUUUCUGGACUUGCUUUGCUACGCUCUUCAUUGGCACCAACGCGCUCGAGAUCGCCCGAACUGGGUGGCUUGCAAGGUGGACUGGCUCAGGCGAGAAUGCUGUGCGUUUGCAGGAUUCGCAAGCCGACUCAAUCAACUUCUAUCUUGGUAUAUAUGCCUUGCUGACGAUCGGCAGUGUCGUCAUCAGCACUGGACGAUGGCUGAUUCUAUACAAUGGCAGUAUACGCGCAUCGACACGUAUCUUCAAGGGAUUGCUGCAUGCGGUUCUGAAGGCGCCGCUGCGCUUUCAUGACACUAUCGCUAUCGGUCGAUUGCUCAAUCGAUUCGGCAAAGACUGUGAGGUCAUGGACAGCGAGCUGGCGGAUCAUGAGGGCCGUAGCCUGAUCUAUGCUCUGUCAAUGAUUGUCACGGUCGUGACCGUUUCGCUCGUGACGCCAGCUUUCCUGCUUGUGUUCUUCUUGCUGGCGCCAAUCUAUGUCUAUUUCGGCCGUAUAUACUCUCGCACAGCCAGGGAGCUACGCAGACUGGGCUCGACGACCAAAAGUCCCGUCUUCUCCCUCUACGGUGAGAUCGUCAGCGAGGAUGGUGCGGCUAUCGUGCGCGCGUUUGGGGGCAGCGCUCGAUACAUGUUCCUGCUCUUGCAGCGUGUCGAUCAAAACAUCACCUUCGAGUACAUGAAUUGGGCAGUCUCGCGAUGGUUGUCAGUCCGCUUCCAGAUUCUGUCGGCAGUCAUUGUCGGCAUCGCUGGUUUCACACUGAUAUCGGCCGAUGGCGCGAUCGAUGCGGCACUUGCCGGCUUUGCCUUGACAUUUGCACUCGAACUGUCAAACGACCUGCUUUUCCUUGUCAGGCGUUGGACUACACUGGAACUUGCCAUGGUCGGCAUGGAACGCAUUCGAGAGUACUCCUUGAUCGAUCAAGAAGCAGCAGACUUUGUCGAGCCACGACCGCCUGCGCACUGGCCACACGCUGGCGAAAUCAUUUUCGAUGAAGUAUCUGUACGAUACGCUGCUGACCUCCCCGAGGUCUUGCAUGAAGUAUCGUUCAGCAUUAAGCCUGGCGAGCGCGUGGGUAUAGUUGGCUCCACUGGCAGCGGCAAAAGCUCGCUGGCGCAGUCCCUGUUCAGACUUAUGGAGAUCAGCCACGGUAGCAUCAUCAUUGACGGCAAGGACAUUCAGCACAUCGGCUUAGCAGACUUGAGGUCACGUCUGACGAUCGUGCCGCAAGACCCUCAGCUACUUUCGGGCACCCUGCGCACAACGCUCGAUGUUUUUGGCGAGCAUGAAGACUCGGAAAUCUACGAUUGUUUGCGUCGUGUCCAUCUACUGCCCUCGGACGAGCCAAUGCAACGGCCGGAAGAUUCGAAUAAUGUCUUCUGGGAUCUCGAUUAUUCGGUAAAUGAAGGCGCAGACAAUUUCUCGCAAGGACAGAAGCAACUGCUUUGCAUGUGCCGUGCCCUCCUGAAGCGUACAAAAGUGCUUAUACUAGACGAAGCAACUGCAUCGAUCGAUUACGAAACUGAUCGCCUAAUCCAGAAGACAAUCCGAAGCGAGUUUGCGGGUAACACGCUGAUCGCUAUCGCACAUCGAUUGAGAACGAUCAUGUCAUUCGAUCGCGUCUUGCUGCUCGACGCUGGCAGGGUCGUCGAAUUCGAUGCGCCAGGCACGCUCAUCGACAACGAACGAUCCAGAUUCUUUGCGCUCUGUCAGAGUACGGGCGAGAAAGAAUUCAAGACGCUUCGAGCACUGGCCCAUGGUGGCGAGAUGCCCGCAGAACGCAAACGACCUAAAAGACCGAAGCGCAAACGCAGUCAGGAGAUUCCGAAGAGCACCGUGGCUGCCAUCACAAAGGUAGCGCCAACCAAGAAUUGCGCGCCCGGCACAAAGCCGAACAGCAUCGUCGAUGGUGAGAGUGAUGGCAGCGCUGGGUCGAGUAUGCAGCCUGCAAAGGCAAACACGAUCGAGGGUAGUGCAAGCUGGAGAUUGCGUGUCCAGAUGGAAAGUGCGGGCGAUGAGACUUUUGCGACGGGAAUCGGAUCUGCCUUCUCGUCAUGGUCGUCACCCGCUGGCGUCUGGACUGGACUGUCUGGCCUCAGCAUCGAUUCGAACCAGCAGCCUGCUACUGCCGAACUGAGGCAAGCAGACAGGAUAGCCGCAAAGCCUAGCACGCGAUUUUCAUCGGUCGAUGAUGAGCUCGCCCUGCCUGAGCCUGCGCCUUCGAGCUGAACGAUGGUGACGCCGGCCAUGAGCAGGAAGAGGGAGAGCCAUUUCCAUGCGUUG